ACACACGGCUGUUUUUUUUUACCUUUUUUUUUUUUUUUUACCUGGAACUAAGGGGGAAUAUAUGCAAUAAAUGUUGAAUAUUUCACAUUAUUCAUAUUUAGUAUCAUUUCUGUUUAUUUGCUGCUUUUCCAAUGUAUUUGUAAAGGUGAAGAGAUGAAACACUGUCCUACACCUGGAACGGUUAACAUCAACACAGAUUCUGUUACAGGGUCCAAUGAGGGUUCAAAGAGCAGUGAUGGAGAAGGAGACAACUUUUGGAUUAUUGUCUUAACGACCUCCAUUAUAAUAUCUCUUAUUGUAAUCGUGUUUCUGCUUGGAGUUUUAUAUAAAAAUCAGAGAAAAGGUGCUUCAUCAAGAAACCAUCAAACUCCCACCAAUCAGGCUGAUGAUGAAGAUGUCUUGAACUAUGCAGCUGUGAGUUUUGCUAAGAAACCUUCAUCCUCCAGAACAUCCAGAGACAAGAGCCAUGAAGACGUUUAUGCACAAGUUAAAAUAAAAUAGAUAAAGACAAAUGACUUCAGACUUGAAACACAAGCAAAAUGUAAGUGUUAUUGCCGUUUCCAUGGUGACUCCUAACAUCAUUCAUCUACUGAUUUGCUUCACUUGAUGGAUGAAGCUUUAAAAAAUAUUUCUGAUCAAAAUCCUACAUCCUGCUGUUUUUUUCUUUCUUGAAUGAAAGUCUUAUAUUUGGGAUUUUUUCUCAGCAUUUUCUCUUGCACAUAAUUUCUAGAAUGUAAAAGAACAUUUUGUUUGAUUCUGAAGGUUAAAGUAUUAAAGAAUGGCUCAUGGUUCACAUCUUGCUUUAACUUGUGUUUUUAAUUUAUUUUGCUUUGAAACAUAGGAGUUUUAUAAAGAGGAUAAAUCUGGUGAAUAUCGUAAUUACUGUAGAUUAUCUGAACAUUUAGUAUUCAGUACAUCUGUAAAUGUAAAACUUUUAUACAUCUGAACAAUUUUCCAGAAAUACUGAGGACCUUUAAGAGGGCUGAGUAUAAAGACGAGUGUUUACUGCAUUACUGGUGAGAUUCCACUGUUUAACCUGAAAUUAAUCUCCAGGCAAUAAAUAUUCAGUUUCAUUAGAAAUGUAUAUUGAUGACUGAUGAAGUGUCGAGGUUUUCUUUAUAUUAAUGUUUUUACACAAUUUACAUUGUGCCUCCUUAAUAAAUUCCACAAAUGCCAUAUUACACUGUGUGUGUCAUCAUUUUGUUAAAGUCCAUUAUCGAUGUACCUAAUAGUCCUCCCUGAUUAUAUUCAGACAUUUAUGUGAGUGAUGUUCAUGAC